UCCGGGAGGACGGUGCGAUGGGGCGCGCGAAGAGUCUGGCGCUGUUGGUCACGUGGGCACUGGCCGCACUGGCGGCCGCAGAGUCGCCGCCAGACCAAUGCCGGGCGCCCAAGAGAGUGGGCCCUUGCCGAGCAUCUUUCCAUCGGUGGUGGUACAAUGCCACAAGCCAAGCAUGCCAGGAAUUCAUUUUUGGGGGUUGCCAAGGCAACGGCAACAACUUCAUCUCUGAACAGCACUGCUUCACGACGUGUAUCUCAGGUGGGGCAGCAGAGGCCACCGUGGUCCCUGGAGGGCCGGCCACUGAAGGGGCUACCCCAAGAGCCGGACGUCACCCAGAGGCCUCCGAAAACAGGCCUGGCUUCAGAGAAUUCUGCGCUGCACCCCGGUUGGUCGGCCGCUGCCGGGCCUCCUUCCUCCGCUGGUACUUUGACCUGGAGAGCCAGACGUGCAAGAGGUUUACCUACGGGGGCUGCCAUGGCAACAAGAACAACUACCUCUCUGAGCAGGCGUGCUGGAGCCAGUGCACAGGGGACGCAGAAAUCACCAAAGAGCCGGGAGACCCAGGCACCCACCCUCGCCUCCCCUCCGAAGCCUUCGGCUUCUCCACCAGAGCCGUGGUCCUUGCGGUCCUUCUGGCCAUCCUGAUGACCUGCCUGCUGGGCUCAAUGGCGGUUUUCUUGGUCAAGAUCUGCCGGAAGAACCCGGAGCUGUCGGUGGGAACGGUGUGGAGCACGCUGGAUGACAAAGAGUAUCUGAUGAGCAACGCCUACAGCCUCUGAGCCAGGGAGCUGCCUCAGUGGGGAUCAAGGCAGCAUCUGCCAGCAGUUCCGCCUGCUUCCCCUCCUGCCAGGAAAGGGGGCACUUUCAAGAGCGGCUCCAGCCAGCGCACCUGCUGCAGAGGCAUCUCACUGAGCAAGCUUCCACAUAACCAGCUUUAAAUGGGUUUUAUAUUUUUUUUAAAAACAAAUCAAAACUUGAUUGCAUUAAAUCUGAGGGACUCUUUUAAUUGUGUUUUUAAUAAUGAGUGGACUCUGAAUAAAAGAGGAACUAAA